AGGAACAAUCCCAUAAUGAUUGAGAAGAAAUUGGCAGCAACAACAAUUGUUUUUGGUGAUCUUUUACCAUCUGAAGUUAAAGGGAUGCACGUCUCAGCUCAGCAAGAGUUUCACUACGAAACCAAUUGGAGAAUGUUACCCACUCUUUCCUGGAUCCAACAAACCAGACAACGCAAUUGGGCUGGAAGGUUACAGAUCUACUUGUGGAAACCUGGAGCAUAUGACAGCAUACUUAUCAUCCUUGGAGAGUGCUCUGCUCGUGCUAGAACCAGCUUGGGUAAUAAAGAUUUGGAAGCUGAUCAAAAUGUCUUGCUUCUUGAUCAUGUCAAGGUGUGUAAGCCACUAGAUUUGCAAAAGCUUCAAUACCAUUUCAGAGAUUGUCAAAGCAAGAGUGGAGAUGGAGAUUUCAUUAGAGUAAAUGGUGAAGUGAUUUCUGGAGUAGGAGGAGAACUCAUGUUUUCUUCUCAAAUCAAGGAGAAACCACCAGAUGGACUCAGUCUACAUCAAUCUCCAAAUAAACCAACCCGAGGCUAUAGUAAUGAUCAGAGUAUCAAGAAUGGAUCCUUGGCUAAAUUGGAGAUGCAACAAUCAAAUCUUGGAAGCUGUCUAGCCGCCAGCUUUGACAUAGGAGCAGUCCGAGGAUCAUAUCUCAACAACCAAAAGGAAUUAAGCAACAAACUCGACUGCAAUAGAAACUUAACUCAUCUGGGUCUCACGUCGAAUUGGAAUCAUGUCCAAAGCUUCUCAGGUGAAAUAGUUAUGAGUUUUAGAAGUCGGGUGAUCCUGUGUUUGCGAACAUCUCAAUUCUAUCUAUGGCGACCAGAUAUGAUGCACUUGUUUUUGUCAAAAGAGCCAUGUGCAGAUUUUAAGAGAGCUUGGAAGCAUAUAAGAAGAAACUACAAAAAUGAGGAAGAUAAGAGAUUCAAACCACCUGAUCUAGACCAGGAUAACCACCAAGACGUCCCUGGCUUUAUCAUCAUCAAAGAAGCACCUCCAGAUGCAGCCUACAAUCCAAAACCGAGCAGAAACAAAUUUGGGAUAAGACUCUUACUUUAUGACAACUUCGCAU